AUGUAUCGAAGAAGAGCGCUGAUUAUUGGAAAUAAUGAUUAUCAACGUGAAAAAUUGAACAAUUGUGUGAAAGAUGCUAAAGAUUUCGCUGAUGUUCUCAAACAAAAAUGCAAUUGUCAAGUAGACUUAGAGUUAAAUUUGAAAUCUGAAGAUAUGCAUGAUAGUAUCAAUAAAUUUACUUUGUCAAUCAAAAUGGAUGAAUUCAUUAUAUUUUAUUUUUCCGGUCAUGCUGCACAGUGGCGUAAUCAGAAUUUUCUCUUACCAUGUGAUAAUAAUAACAUUACAAGUGCAAGUAAUAUGCACCGUUAUGCAAUCAACGCACAAUCAAUAAUUGAUGAUAUGGCUGAAAUGAAUCCACAGGUUGUUGUAUUUUUAUUUGAUUGUUGUCGAAGUUAUUAUAUGCCAACGACAAAAUCAAAUACAUCUAAUAAACAAAUUGGCGGUUUAAAUGAAAUGAAAGCCUCGGAAAAAACAUUAAUUGCAUUUCCUUGUGCAGUUGGUCAAGUUUUAUUAAACCAAACUGAAUUUGAGAAUAAUGGAUUAUUCACAAAAUAUUUAAUAAAACAUAUUGCGACUCCAAAUGUUCACAUUGAAACAGUUCUAUUCAAAGUGGCGAAUGAUAUUGUUAAAGAAAGUGGAAAUGCACAACGACUAUAUCGAGUUGGUUGUCUUGAUGCUGAAGUAUUUUUAGUAGAACAUGUUGUAGAUACAUCAAAAGGACCUGAGCAGAAAUCAAAUCCAUCGAAUUUAUCAAUUAUGAACUUUUCAAGGGAUGAUAAAAAAUCUGUUGUUCGACCAAACAUUCAUAAUAUUCAAGAAGAUAAGAAAGAUGCUCUUACAAAGGUAUCCAAUUCCAAUGUUUUAUUACCAUCAGAACAACAAGAAACCAACCUUAAAUCAGAAGAAACAAAAACGAAUAACCAUAUUAUUGAAAGAAAAGCUAUUGACAUUUCGGGUAAAUUAGGUACAACAUAUGAUGCAACAAUUGACAAAAUUUUGGAACAUAAUCAUGUUCAAGCAAUGAAAAAUUGCAUCUCUGGAAAACGUUCAGUAUGUAAAGUAUUUUCAGGUGAUCGAUCAACUGAUUUAAUUAGUUAUCUUGAACGAAUGAAUUUCAAUGAUGCUAUUAGACAAAGUCUCCUUCUUAGAAUGAUUGAACCAUCAGAACAAUUAAAACUAACCAACUCGGGCACUUCUCCUCCAUCUUUGUCGGCACUGACUGAACUCAAUGUAUUACUUUUGGGUGAAACAGGUGUUGGAAAAUCCACAUUCAUCAAUGCUUUUGUCAAUUAUUUAACAUUUAAUACUAUUGAGCAAGCCGAACAAAGUGAUCCAGCCAUUGUUAUUCCAGUUUCAUUUAUUACUACAACUGGUGAUAACUUUAAGGAAAUCACAGUCAAAUUUGGUGAUGUAGAUUCAAAUGAAAAUUUUCAAAAUCAAGGACAAUCAGUGACACAACAUUGCAGAUCGUAUAUAUUCGAUUUAAAUGAAAGAUUAAGAUUACGUUUGAUUGAUUCACCUGGUAUUGGUGAUACUCGUGGUUUUGAGCAAGAUGAAAUUAGUAUGAAUCAUGUUUUGACAUAUAUUAAUCAACUAUCACAUUUAAAUGCUAUUUGUUUAUUGUUAAAGCCGAUCAAUUCGAAAUUAGAUGUGUUCUUUCGUUCAUGUAUUAGACAAUUGUUGACUUAUUUAACACCAAAUGGUUAUGGAAAUAUUAUUUUCUGUUUUACAAAUUCACGGUCAACAUUUUAUGGACCAGGUAAUACCGGUUUUUUAUUGAAAAAAAUGUUAAAACAAGAUGAAUUUAAUGGUAUUCAAUUUGAAAAGAAAAAUACAUUUUGUGUCGAUAGUGAAACUUUUCGCUACUUAGCAGCAAGAAGAUGAAAAGUUAAAAUUGAAUGA